UUUUCCCUCCUUCCUUCAGUGUGAGACCCCUUCCUGCAAACGCAGCCCCCUGCUGCUGGUUGGGGCCGCAGGAACCAUUUCCCGCUCUGCACAGCCCCGUUGCACCCGGGGCUCCGUGCUGGGGCACUCCUCACCCCCAGCCCCCGGCUGCCUGCCGUUUGUGAUUCCUGGCGCCGAAGCAGCUCCCAGGAGCCCGCAGCCCGCUCCCAGCGGCCUUCCUUCUGGAGAAGGGGCACAAAAUGGCUCUGCUGCCCACCUCAGCCCCUUCUUCCGGCCGCCGUGGCCGGGGGCUGGAGGAGAGCUUCGCGUUAGCCCUGCUCGCCCGUGGGGAGAGAUGGUGGUGAAUCCGUCCAUGAGGGCAGAGGGCGAAGGAGGCACCGACGGGGCUCCGCCUGCGAUCCGCAGAGCCCCGGGACUCAGCGCCGAAGGGCUCUCGGAGCCCCGGACCGCUCUGCAACGCUCGCACGCGGGUACAGAGGGACACAACGACGGCCUCGUAGGGGCUCGAGCCCCCGACAGCCGAGCUUAACCGCGCGGCCCCUCCCCGCUGAGCAGCUCCACCAGCCCCCGGGGCCGCCCCUCGGCCCGCCGCCAGCCUUUGUGGCUGGCCGUGCUGCCGGGGGGCAGAGGAGGGGCUUGCACGGGGAGUUUGGGCUCCGACCACCUCGGGCUGCCGGCGGGGCCCGACGUCAGGGGCCGCUGUGCUGCGCUGCGCGGGGCUCCGCACGCGGCCGUCACACAAAAGGCAACGGCGCCGCUCCGCGCCGCAGGCAGGAUGCAGCCCCGGGGCCUCCUCCUCCUCCUGGCACUGCUGCUGCUGGCGGCCACAGCCGAGGCUGCCAAAGCCAAGAAAGCUGCCGCCUCCCUUGCAGAGAAGGCAAAGAAGGAGGGUUCCGAGUGCCAGGACUGGCGCUGGGGGCCCUGCGUCCCCAACAGCAAGGACUGCGGCUUGGGCUACCGUGAGGGCACCUGCGGCGAUGAGAGCAGGAAGCUCAAGUGCAAGAUCCCCUGCAACUGGAAGAAGAAGUUUGGAGCUGACUGCAAGUACAAGUUUGAGAGCUGGGGAGGGUGCAGUGCACAGACAGGUGUGAAAACACGCUCAGGCAUCCUGAAGAAAGCGCUGUACAAUGCCCAGUGUGAGGAGGUGGUCUAUGUGAGCAAGCCCUGUGCCGCCAAGAUGAAGGCCAAGGCCAAAGCUAAGAAGGGCAAGGGGAAGGACUAGAGUGGGGUGGACGAUGUCCUCAUCGGUCCCGGACACAUGUGCCUCUCCCACCACAAGGAGCCACACUCCAGCCACCUUCCUCUCCUUCUCCUCCUCUUCCUCCUCCUCUCCCCACCUCCUCUGCCACCGAGAUGCCUUGUUUAAUCGUUAGUUUUGUUGAGAGCAGACCAACUGGCCCUGGGAAGCUGCUGCCAUUGCCCUGGGGGCUGCUGCAGCCAUACUGACCAUUGCUUUGAGUGGUGCCGACUGGAUGCUCUCACCUCUUUUGGGAAAUGGGUUUUGGUUUCUUUUCCAAUAAAAUUUUUAAA